AUGGGAAAACUAAGGAAGAAACACAACUGGAAGGGAAGACAGCAGAGUGACCCCCAACAACCAUCAGAUGUGGAGAAGAAGACAGAGAUUAUUCUGGAUCUGAAAGGUGAAACCCAGGAGUUUGCUCUGAAAUACCACAGAGACGUGCUGCCUUUCUGGUUCAUAACAGUUUCUGGGUUUUGUUUCUUUAGGUGAAGAGAGGCUUAAAGGUGUAGAUGAGAGCAACGCUUUGGUCCUACCUGCCAGCAAAGCCAAGAAGCAGAAAGCUUUAGCGACACCUGCUUCCACCAAGAAGCCCCUCACUAAGAAACAGAAGAAAGAGCUGCAGAAGGUUCUGGAGAGGAAGGAAAAGAAAGCUCAGGUGAGAGUCAGAGGACACUAUUAUGAUCCAGUCCAUAAGGGGUUGUCUAUUAAACCACAAGAUCCGUCUGAGCUGUGUUAUUGUGUCGUUUUCCGCUGUUACCGACCCUCCAUGAAAAUAUUGGGCCAAAACUAAACAAUAUAAAGGUCAACCUACCUCUGCCAUUGACCUCUUCUGCUGUGUCUCUCAUCCAGAGAGCAGAUAUCUUGGCCAAACUAGCCGAGGUGCAGCUUCCAGAGUCUGAACUGAAACUUCUUUACACCACAUCCAAACUGGGAACAGGAGAGAAACUCUACCAGACUAAACAGUAGGUGGACCAGCUCAGAGUUUAGGUGACAUAAAUUAAAGUCAGUUCAGCAGCUGGAGCACAAACCAUAACUCCAGGGUGUUUUGGGUUAUUUUCUAGGUCAUCAGAUGAAGUAAAAGAUGGAGAGUCGGGGCCAAAGAUCAGCAGCGUCAGUGGAGCGAACAGAAAAAGAAAAUGGAAAGAUGAAGAAGAUGAGGAAGAGGAACAAAAGGGAGAGGAAAGCAGUGACCUGGACACCUCAUCUGAUGAAGAUGAGGAUAUUGAUGAGGAAGUGAAUGGGACUGCGGUGGGUGAAUCCAAGGAAACCUCCGAUCCCCCUGAGAAGGCAGAGGACAAACAGGAAGAGAAGGAAGAGCAACACAAACCAGAUCCAGAGGGGCAGAAUGAGAAGAAGAUCUCAGCUCCAGAGAAUAAGACACUGUCACAGCCGGCCAUUUUUAUACCUGUUGACAGGACACCAGAAAUACAGGUGUGUGUCUGUGUGUGAGUGUGUGUGAUCACUUCACAUAGGAGAAGAACAGCUGUGUGAGAUACCGUCAGGUUGUUUAACAUCUCUAAUCCUCUGCAGGAGGCUCGUCUGAAACUCCCCGUAUUGGCAGAGGAGCAGGUUAUCAUGGAGGCAGUGAAAGAAAAUCCUUGCGUUGUCAUCUGUGGAGAGACAGGAAGUGGAAAGACCACUCAAGUUCCUCAGUUUCUGUAUGAAGCCGGCUAUGCCAGGUGUGUUACACUCUGCUGAGGAGCUGGAAAUAAACUGGAUACUCAUCUUAAGAUGCAGCUUACAUUUUUAGGUCUUUUUCCAUGAGCUCACAGACUUUGUCUUCACUGUAUUUUCUCCUGCAGUGGCAGUGGGAUCAUCGGCAUCACAGAGCCAAGAAGAGUCGCAGCUGUCAGCAUGUCACACAGAGUUGCAAAAGAGAUGAAUCUGUCCACACGGUAAUAAGAAUUUGUUGACUGUAGAUACUCUGACCAUCUACAGAAGCUUGAAAGCAGUAAAAAGCCUAUUUAUGACAUUUUCUUUUUGUCUGGUUAUGGAAAUAUUGAGUUUCUAACAACAUUCACUUUUGUGCAUCUAUGUUUAGGGUGGUGUCAUACCAGAUUCGAUAUGAAGGGAACGUGACCUCUGACACAAAGAUCAAGUUUAUGACAGACGGUGUUUUGCUGAAGGAGAUUCAAAAGGUAUCGUCUUUGCUUCCCACCGAAUUAUUUUUAAAAAAUCCAUAUAGAGCGCAUGAUGGAGAAAGUUUUAAGUGUGUGGUAUGUCCAUGUUGAGUUUGUUUAAGUGUUUUUAAAAACAUCAGUUUACGUCUGUGUUUUAUCUUUUGACCAAGCAGACUCUAGACAUCAUUUUGGACAAAAAUUCUGCACAGGUACCAUAUUUGUGCCUCUGUGCAGAGUUCUUUAUACUUUAUUUAUUGGGGGGAUAAUGAGAGGGAUCAAAGAGCCCCUGUUUUGAUUAUGAGACACAAUGUUUUCACUGUGACAUUUUAUAUAGUUUCAGAAACUCAAACUCAAGUGGAAUCUCCUGAGUGGAUUUUUCAACCCUUUAUUAAAAAGAUACGACAGUGGAUAGGGUGGUACACUGAAAAAAGAGACAGCCAGUGGUUAGAUUUGAUCUGUGCAUGUGGUUGAACCACUAAUCUAAACUGACACCCCUAAAGUUGACUGUUUAGAAAACUUUAAACUAUGAAAAACUCAAAAGUAAAAUAUAGAUUAUUUUGUCUGUAUGCCUUGAAUGUUCUUGAUGUUUCAUCUAAGUUUCCUCAUCUCUGUCUUGUCUGGUAGGAUUUCCUGUUGCAGAAAUACAGCGUGAUCAUCAUUGACGAGGCUCAUGAAAGAAGCGUGUACACAGACAUCCUCAUAGGGCUGCUAUCACGAAUUGUCCCACUCAGAAAUAAGGUAAGAAAAUCUGCUUUUUUAAAAAGAAUUUGGUGUGUUAAGUUGCACCCAGGUUUUUUUGUUGUUUUUACAGGUAUGUAUGAUACGAGCUUUAACUUUGUUUUGUUAAUUUUGAAUUCCUGCAGAAAGGUUUACCCAUGAAACUGCUGGUCAUGUCGGCUACUCUGCGAGUGGAAGACUUCACAGACAACACAAAGCUGUUUCCAACACCCCCACCUGUCAUCAAGGUGGACGCUCGCCAGUUCCCCGUCACAAUACAUUUCAACAAACGCACCCCAAUGGAGGAUUAUACCGGAGAAGUUUUCCACAAAAUCUGCAAGAUCCACCGGAUGCUGCCUCCAGGUUUGCAUGCACACAGACACGUUUCAGAGAUUUUGUACUUGCAGUAAAAAUUUUUAUUUAAUGUAUGAGAAAAAUCACCAACAAAAGGUCACAUUAAGAUCAGCAAAAAGGUUUCAUGUCAAUGUCCUUACAUUUAAUAUUUGUUUAAAAUUAUGAAUGCAAUCAUUGUGAAUUGCAAGUAUUCAUGACAGCCAUAAUUGCCAAAACGUGUCCCUUCACUAUUGCUCUGAUUUGUGUCCCUCAGGUGGUAUUUUGGUGUUUCUUACGGGUCAGGCAGAGGUCCAUAGUCUGUGCAGAAGACUCAGAAAAGCUUUCCCUUUCAGGAAGGGGAACAUAACCACAGGUAAGUGUAACACCCUCGAGCCUUUGACACAGCUCUGAUUAGAGUUCGUUCUGGAUACAAACAUAUCUUUGUUUUUAGGUGAAGAUGAGGAAGCAGACACUUCAGAGGCCAUGAGGAAGUUUAAGAAAGCCAAACAGAAGAAACCUGUUGUAAGUCCACUAAAAAAAAACGCCCAGGAAAGCCUCUGACCUUCAUUCUAGAUGGACAUUUCUUACAUCUGUGCUAUACUUCAAGAGUGUUAUCUCUGUCUCCAGUCUUUGCCCCGAAUCGACCUGGAUAAUUACUCCGCCCUUCCAGUGGAUGAAGGAGACGAGGAUAGAGAGGCAGGGAUCGGAGAUGAGGAGGAUGACGGCUCUGAUGUGGACAUUGGAGAUGACCCUGCAGAUGGAGGCAAGCCACACCAAAUGAAUCAUUCUCCACCACCAAUUUUGAUUGUAAUCAAAACAAGUGCCAUCAUUAAUUGUCCUUUGUGUUUUGUUUCUGUAGAGGUGAAGGCUGACCCCUCUAUCCCUCUCUUUGUUCUCCCUCUGUACUCCCUGCUGGCUCCAGAGCAGCAGGCUAAGGUAAGAUUAAUAAGGAUGUAUUUCUACAUUACUGACAAAUGUAAGUGUGGAGCCAUGAGAAUGAGUAAUGAGAAAUAUAUUUUAUUAAGAUCUGAUGUCAAAAAUCACAAUGACAAAUGUGCAGCUGUGCGCACUGAACAGGUUCAUACAUAUUUGGUGGUGGUGGACGGCUUCUCUCUCUUCGCUGCAGGACAGAAAGAUUCAGAAGAUCUUUUGUACCCCCAGCCAUCAGACUUUACAACUGUUUUAUAAAUAUUAGAUUACUUUGGAGACAUGACAAAUGAGACGACAGACAAUUGAAUUUCCCUUCAGGAUCAAUAAAGUUAUUCUUAUCCUUUUAUCAAGUAUCCCAAACAGAGUUUCCAAAUGUCCAAAUGUUUGGGCUUAUGCCAUAGCUGCUGACUAUUUUAACUUCACAGAUCACAGAUGUUUGCUGAGAGUAGUCUCAAAGCACCUUGAUCUGAGGAUGUAGAGGAAACACCUCAGGAUUUUACAUUACAGAGUAAACUAAUAAGAUAAGAGUACAGACUCUUGCUGUCUUUAAUAAAAUGCUUAUAAUCUUCAAGGUAAAAAGCAGUAAUGUCUAAAGUGAAGUCCUUGUGACACAAUAGGCCACAAUAAAAUAACUUUUACUAACAUCAUGAGCAUGUGCGUCAUCCAUCUGCAGGUGUUCAGGCCUCCUCCAGCUGGGACUCGUCUUUGUGUGGUGGCCACCAACGUUGCCGAGACGUCUCUGACCAUCCCUGGAAUUAAGUAUGUGGUCGACUGUGGACGAGUUAAGAAGCGUUUCUACGACCGAGUGACCGGAGUGUCUUCUUUCAAGGUCACAUGGACCUCACAGGCGUCAGCCAAUCAGAGGGCAGGUAGAGCAGGACGAACUGAGCCAGGACACUGCUACAGGUGUGGAUAUUUUCAAACUGUAUGACUAUGUGUAAAAUAAUGAGGUUUUUUUUUUGUGCCUGAGGAGGAUGCUCACAUGAGUUUGCUUUCUGUCUCUGUGACUUUGGUGCAGGUUAUACUCCUCUGCUGUUUUUGGAGACUUCAGUUUGUUCUCAGAGGCAGAGAUCACUCGCAGACCUGUGGAGGACUUGGUUUUACAGAUGAAGGACCUCAACAUAGAUAAAGUCAGAAUAAGUAUAAAACAAUGAACUCACAUUAUGAGCAGGCUUGUUACUGAAAUGCUGCUGAAUGCAGGAAAAAAAACAGCCUCAUUAUGAGUUCUUCUUGCCUUUUCUGCAGGUGGUUAAUUUCCCGUUCCCCACGUCUCCUUCUGCUGAGGCUCUGGUUGCAGCGGAGCAGUUGCUGGUCUCAUUGGGAGCUCUAAAAGAGCCGCCUCACACCGGGAGGUGACUAAUGUUUUCAUGAUGUGUAUUUACUUGCUCCAAACAAAAUCUCCGUAAUACCAGGGUCACAUAACUAUUUAUGCCAACAGUUUUGUUGAAGUUUCUUGCAUGACACUCGAAAGUUUAUCAAAGCUAUUUCCUGGUAACUUGAUUAUCAUUUAGCUAAAUUUAAAUAGUUUACAGUGAUAUUACAUGACCUCAAAUUACUUUUUUGCAACUUGAAGGUUAAAAGAGAUGAAGAGAGCAAAGCUGAGCUGUCCCAUCACCUCCCUGGGCAGAGCUAUGGCUUCCUUCCCUGUGGCUCCACGUUAUGCUAAAAUGUUAGCUCUGGGUAAGCAGCAGGAUUGUCUACCAUAUGUCAUCGCUGUGGUAGCCGCCAUGACAGUCCGGGAGCUCUUUGAAGAUCUGGACAGGUGAGAUUGAACUUCUAGUAGAUUUUUUUUAUAUCAGUGAAUAGAUACAUUGGUUAAAGUGAGUAUAUUUUAUUUUACCUAAAUAGAAAACUGUAAAAUCAACACUUUAACACCAUUAAUGGUCUCUCUUUUCUCCUCAGACCUGCAGGAAGUGAAGACGAGAGCUCCAAGCUCACCCAGCGUCGAGCUCGUCUCACUCAAAUGAAGAGGUUGUGGGCUGGGCAAGGAGCAUCACUCCUGCUGGGGGACCUCAUGGUCAUGCUAGGUGAGUUUGCUUUUUGUAAAGUCAAAUAUCAGCAGGGUUGUAAAACAUUUACUAAUGGUGAUACACUGCUUUUUUUUUUGUUUUUACAUAUGUUGACAGGUGCGGUUGGUGCUUGUGAAUUUGCUGGCUGCACCCCAAAGUUUUGCGAGGAAAAUGGCCUGAGGUACAAAGCCAUGGUGGAGAUCAGGAGGCUCAGAGGACAGCUUACCAACGCAGGUACACACACACACACACACACAAGCACAUACUCAACCUUACACAGUGAUGUGCUACGGAAACCAAAUAUGCUCAUGUGCUCUCUUUCCAGUGAACACUGUAUCUCCAGAGGUGGGAGUGUUUGUGGAUCCAAAGAUGGCUCCCCCGACAGAACACCAGGUGGUCUGCUUACGUCAGAUUGUUCUGGCUGGACUGGGAGACCAUCUUGCAAGGCGUGUGCAGGCAGAAGAUAUCCUGGACCCAAAGUGGAGAAAUGGAUACAAGGCAAGUUAGUCAGUGGGAGUGUGUUUGAGAUCAAAGAGGGUCUGCAGUGCUCUCCUUCACUUCCUCAUCUUGAAUCUGUUUCUGCUCAUAGACGCCUCUCAUGGAUGAGCCAGUGUUUAUCCAUCCCACCUCUGCACUGUUCAAAACUCUGCCAGAGUUUGUCGUCUAUCAGGAGAUCAUGGAGACCACCAAGAUGUACAUGAAGGGUAAAUGAGUUUUAUUAAAACUUGUCAAGUAUCUUUUCGGGACGAAGAAAAAAGAAUUAAAAAACACAGGAACUUUUUCUGAACUUUUUUUUUCAAAUCCAGGAGACAGUUUGAGGAAAUAACAUUAAUGUUGCACGGGGAUUCAAGCAAGGCUGACAUUAUAUAUAAUCAUUGUUGCAUUUAUAAUUUUUCAGUGAAAACCCUGAAAUCGGUUAUUCGAGGUUCAUACAGUUGGUAGUUAGGAGUAAAACCGGUCCUCCUCAAGAAAAUAUGUAAUGAUGGUGAGGACUUGGACUCAAUUUAAAUUCUUUUUUGGUGACCCAGACUUCGACUUGAACGUGGGAUCUUAUAGGGUCUCCUUGGCUUUUACAGUCGGCCUCAAGUGGACUCUCAAGGAACUGCAGCUACUGACACAAACACAAUGGCUUCAUUUUUAAUGGGUUGCUGUGUGGUCAAAAUUCACUCUCUUUCUCAGAGUUCAAACAAAGUUGUAGUUAGACAGGGAAAUGAGACUCGAGAUUCACCAUCAUAGAAUUUCUUCAUUAUUACAGUAAUACAGUAGAACAUCUGCAAAUUCCAAGUGUUAACACUUGUACAACUAAAAACAUUUGGUUUAAUAGAAGUAGUGACAAUAAGGCUUUUCUUGAGUAGAUGUGCUGCUGCAGUGAUUGAAUCUGUGUUUAAUGUUUUAACGUGGUGAAAUUCUUUCUCCCCGUCAGGUGUGUCAGCAGUCCAGGCAGAGUGGGUCCCCCAGCUUCUGCCUCAGUAUUGUCAUUUCAGCCCCCCGAUGGAAACACCAUCACCAUGGUUCUGCUCAUCCACCGGCACCAUCAGGUGUCACCGUGCAAGCACCUUCUGUACGUUCACAGCUGAGGACUUGUGAGGUAGAAUAGAUGGUCUCUUUUCUAUAUUAAUUCAUUUGAUUGUGUCCCUCCUUCAGUCCGUGUUGGGUGGCAGCUGCCAGCAGUGGAGCAGGAGUAUCCAGACGGUCUGGAGCGCUACAAACUGUUUUCAAGGUUUCUGCUUGAAGGACAGGUACGGCAGAUACAAAUUUUUAUUAAAACAGUUAUACAGUCACACGAAUACACCUUUUAAGCCAAGUGUUGGAAUGAUAGUUUUGUCUGUCCUUUGCAGGUUUGUCCCAAACUUAAGAAAUACAGUGCCCACCUUCUGUCAAACCCCUCAAUCAUGCUGAAAACAUGGGCUAAGUGAGUUGAUGCUCCCUCACACAUGACUGUCUAUGAAGCAUGUCUCUGUUUUUGGUUAUCAAGUUAUUUUGUUCUCAAAAAUGAACUUUCUCAUUAUGAUGUGUCUUUGCUGCUUCAGGCUGCAGCCCAGGACAGAGGCCGUGCUGGAAGCGCUGGUGAAAAAGAGAGUAGACAGCAGAGACGCUCUCCUCACAGUCUGGAAAACUGAAGAUAAAUGUGAGGACUUACUGUGUGAGAUUUUGGUACCAGAGUCUAAUUUGAUCCACCUUAUUGUUCUUUAAUGGUGUCCCUCUUUUUUUGUCUCCUCCUACAGAUCUGUUGUCCACAUACUGCCAGUGGUUACCUGAAGCCUUACAUCAAGAAGUGGCCAAGAGUUGGCCCCCGAUAUGA